AUAAUAAUAAUAAUAAUAAUAAUAAUAAUAAUAAUAAUAAUAAUAAUAAUAAUAAUAAUAAUAAUAAUAAUAAUAAUAAUAAUAUCAAUAAUGGCACGAAUAGCAACACUAUUACAAAUAACAACAGUACUAAUAACAAUAGUAUUAAUAAUAUGAACAAUAAUAACAAUAGUAUUGUUAUGAAUACUAUAAAUAAUAAAUAUAACAUGAAUAAUAAUAAUAUGAAUAAUAUGAAUAAUAGUAAUGAUGAUGAAAGAGUUGUUAAAGUUUAUUUGGAUGUAUUAAAUCGAUUGAAACAAUAUGUAAAUGAAAUUGAGAAUAGAAUUAAAGAGAAAAAAAUGGAAUGUUCAAAUUUACAGCAAAGAAUGGAAAUAAUUAAGAGUGAGGAAAAAUUGAUAAGGAAAAAUUUUGUUGAAGAUUUCGAGUUUAAGAAAAGUGAAGUUGAUAAGAAAAUGGGAAUGAUUAAUAAUAAGUUUGAAAUCAAUAGAUUGAGAUUACGAAUUCAGAAGGAUAAAUUAAAACAUGAGAUUGAUCUAAUUGAUAUGCGAAUAAGGCAAAAGGAAAGAAAACAACAGGAAAAGCAGAUAGAGAUGGAGAUGAAAAGAAAUACGAGGGGAGGGGAAUUGAUAUAGAUGAAAUCAGAUAUUUAUUUUAAAUAUAUAAUUAGGCUAUCUAGUUGUGUAUUGAUAAUAAACUAUUUCUUUUGGCCUUGAGCAGCAACAGCAGCAGCACCGGCAGCAGCAGCUUCAGGAUCUAAAUAGUAAGCAUCCUUUAUUGGUUUCAAAUCAUCAUCUAAUUCGAACACUAGAGGAAUACCAGUUGGAAUAUUAAUUUCUGAGAUUUCUUCA